GCAGCUGCCUGUCAACAAGAUGGCCUUCCUCUCCGCUGCUUCGCUUUGGCCGAUUAUUUUGGUUAUUGGGAGAACGAGCUAGCAUAGUAGUGUUUGGCCUGUGUUGAUCCCGACGUAGGGCAACCGGGAUCCUGCCAACAGAAUCUGUCACAUUAAACAUGGAGGUUAAUGCUAGGAAACGAGCUGCAUUGUAGGGGAGUGGAUUAGGCCACAGUAUUGGCCCAGGGGUCAUAACUUGACGGUACAAUAGCUCGCUGGUUUCGUGGGCAAACUGAAAGUAGAUAUUUCUACCUGGACGUAGCUGGCUAGCCAUCCCCUUCCUCCCUUUGCUUCCUGUUGCUAGCUUCCUAGCUAGUUUGUUGUGUUGAGGAAAACAGGCCGAAGAGCCGGGACCCUGGAUUUAUUGCUACCUGGAGACACCUUUUGCGAGCGACACAACUGUCGGGACCCUGGAACAAAAGAUAUCGCUAACUUAGCAAAGAGGUCGCAUGUGCCCCUCUCUGUGGUGGCGCCCCCUGGCCAGCGCAGUGAGUAUGAGCGGCGAGGGGCGCAGCGGCUCCCCAGCCUAAGAGAGGACGGGCUCCCGGCCGGCCUGUGAUGGACCGCGACACCUUCUCCCACAUCCGGCUGUGGUGCCCCCGCCCCUUCGGCACCUACUCCCAGAACAAGCCGCGGGGCGGGGCCGGUGGUGGGGGCGGGGCGGGCAGCGCGGCGGGGACCUCCCUGUGCAAGGCCGACGCAGCGGGACGCGCCCCCUCCGAGGCCGGGGAGGAGCAGGAGGAGGAUGCGGGCUCUGAGAACACGCCCCCGGACCUGGACCCGGACCCGCCCCUGAGCCUGCCUGCUCCGCCCGCCCCCGGCCCCGCCUCCCCCGGCGCCAAGGUGGAGGACGGCCGGGUGCUGCUGGACACCUGGUACGUCAUCAAGCCGGGGAACACCAAGGAGAAGAUCGCCUUCUUCGUGGCGCACCAGUGCAGCGGGGCGGGGCUGCCGCGGCCCAGCGCCAUGAAGGUGAAAGGGAACUGGGCCACCGACUGCACCAAGGCCAAGCGGCGGCGCCGCUGCUCCUCCUACGACCCGCCCAGCCGGGCGCGGGACGCCGCCCUCGAGCCGGGCCCCGCCGAGCCCCCCGCCCCGGACGACGCCCAGACGGCCGGCGACACCGACCUGCUGUCGGUGGCCGAGAUGGUGGCGCUGGUGGAGCAGCGGACCGCCAUGGCCCUGCAGGACAUGGUGGCUCAGGGCUCGCCGGCCCUGGGCCACGGCCACAACGCCACCCUGCGGGGCUCCGCCCCCGACCCCGGCCCCGUGGUGUUCAUGUCUGAGCCGCCCGCCCCCCGGCCCUCCUCCCCCUCCGCCCUGGAGCAGCAGCAGCAGGAGUCCCGGCGCGUGGCCCAGGCCGUCGCUCACUUCGAGUCCCAGCAGCAGCAGCAGCUGGAGGGCGGACUGCUGCGGGCGGGGGGCGGCCCGCCGGCCAGGGAGGGCGAAUGCCUUGGGGAGACGGGGACGGGAGGCUCACGCACCCGCAGCGAGGUGAGGAUCGCGUUCCGCGUGUCCAGCCUGGACCCCCGCUCGCAGUCGGAGCCCGCCGGCCGGCCCAGCUGCAUGUUCAUGAGCUGCGGGGGCGGCGGGGGUCAGGCGGGCGCACGGGCCAAAGAGAAGAUCACCUGCGACCUCUACCAGCUGGUCAGCCCCUCCUCCCGGGACCCCGGCCGCCUGCUGGCGUCCUCGCCCAAGGCCGACCCCCGCGGGGAGGGCGCCCCCGAGUGGCCCGCCGGAGCCGCCCCCGGCGCCGACCCCGCCCAGGAGAACGGGGACAAGAAGGGCGCGGCACGGGAGCGCGUGACGGGCUUCCACGUGGAGGUGGUGGUGACGGGCGCCGUGGACCAGUGCGUCUUCUACGGCAAGGACAGCACUGAGAACGUGCAGGAGGAGACGGUGUGCUUCGCUGUGGCGGGUGGCGGCGCCGGCCCCGCCCCCGACGCGGGCGAGGACCCGCCCCCGGGGCAGCUCUUCUUCCUGCAGGCCCCCCGCCCGGACGAGGACGGCGGUGGGGGCCUGUGCUCGCUGGACUGCGCUAACAACAACGGCCCCGCGGGCGGAGUCGGCGGCGGCGGCGCGGGCACCCCCGAGCGGCCCUCCUCGCCCUCGGCGGGCCAGGACGAGCGCCCCGACACCUCCCUGUGCCGCCUGUACCGCCACGUCUCGCACGACUUCCUGGAGAUCCGCUUCCAGAUCCAGCGGCUGCUGGAGCCGCGGCAGUACAUGCUGCUGCUGCCCGACCACAUCAUGGUCAACAUCUUCAGCUACCUGCCCACGCGCUCGCUGGCCGCCCUCAAGUGCACCUGCCACGACUUCAAGGCCCUGAUCGAGACGUACGGCGUGCGCGCCACCGACUCGCGCUGGAACCAGGACCCGCUGUACCGCGACGACCCCUGCAAGCAGUGCAAGCGGCAGUAUGCGCGCGGCGACGUGUCCCUCUGCCGCUGGCACCCCAAACCUUACCACCACGACCUGCCUUACGGACGCUCCUACUGGAUGUGCUGCCGGCGCACCGACAAGGACACGCCCGGCUGCCGGGUGGGACUGCACGACAACAACUGGGUGCAGCCCUGCGAGCUGGUGCAGACCCGCGCCAAGAGGGAGGACGGGAGGUGAGGGGGGGUGGGGGAGCGGCCGCCCCGCCCCAAUCCCCCACCCCCACCACCACCUGCUCCGUUCUCACAGCCAGGGUAGGGCAACUUCUCUUUCCAUCUGACUUUUUUUUCAUCCGGAAUCAUGUCUGUCCGCACUUCAGUUCUGUUCACGCUGCAAGAAUUUUGAUCCGUGUUCUGUGCAAGCCAGCGUCCAAACUCCAGUCCUUUUGGAUUGUAACUGCGCGGCUCCGUCCCGGUGGUCAGCCCCCUGAGUGGGGGGGUGGGGUGGGGGGGGGGGUGACCCCCUGACCCUCCCGGAUCGCAGAAAGCCUCGUCCUGCAGCUCGCCCAAAGCUGUGUGUCCUUAGAGGGAGACGGAGGGGUGGGAGGGCGUUCGGCGAAAAUGCUUGAUUUAAAAAGAAAAAAAGACGCCACCAAUAGCAAAGGGGGGGGUGGGAAACAAGGAACAACUGGAUGUCAUUUUGUAAAGAUGGUAUGUUUGAUUGCUUGAUCAUUUUCAUGUGUGUAUGCAUUUCUUCUCUCUCUCCGUGCUGGUUUUAUUUUAAUGGACAUUGUCAAGCCCCUCCCGCCACCACACACACACCCCCACCACCCCCGAUAAAAUUUUUUUAUCCACCUUUUGUAUUUUUUU